AGUUUACGUUCACGCCGUGGAUUUGAACUCCGCAGUACAAGGGAGAGCUUUUGAUUGUUGCAAGGCUAAAUGGCGGACCGAGCGGGAUUGUUGCAUUGUGAACAAUAACAUUUCAGCGCUGCGAUCUCUGUGAGGUGAUAGGGUUUAGUGUCCCGACCUACACCUCACAUAGCAGGGAACUCCGGUGCAUACGCGGGCGCAGUUGGGCAUACCGAGGCUUGUUUUUGUUGUUAGCUACGGCCCUUAUAAGUGCAUUGGAGUUCCCAGCGAGGAAGUUGCUGUUUGGGGGUGCUUGAUUAUGGGGGACUCUCUGGGUCUGGUCGGGAAGCGGCUGCUGCUUCUCUUUAGCGAUGGGGGCUCCGCGGCUGGAACCGAACCGGACCAGGCCAUCUGGACGAGGAACUGGGUCAGAGGAACGGUCCGGGCGGUCAGCGUGAUUGGCUUAGCCAGUCCCGGGGUAGAGGUGAGCGGCGGAGAGGGAACAACAGAAGCAGCGGGGCUGACGGUGUUUGUGGAGUUUGAGGAGUGUCCGUGGCGGCGGCGCUCGUGGGUGCAGGUGUACGGGGAGGACGUGCGAGCCCUGCUGGUGGAGAGCUCCAUCGUUUGGGCUGCCCGCAGCGACCCCACACUGCCGGCUGUCUCGGCCUGGCCUGCGCUGGCGUUCCGCCCCCUGCUGGACCGGGUGGGAUUGGGCACCCUGGUUCCUGUGGAGUUCUUCGGGAACAGAACGCUGAGUUUUCUCCCCGAUGGAAACGGACUGAAGCGAUUUGAGCUGGAACAGGACGUGAGACACUCCCUCCUGCAGGAGCAGCCCUCUCUUCAGACAGCAGUCAGCCUCUGGCACAGUGACUUUGAGCUGCAGGAGAUUCUGAGGAAAGGGUCCUUCACCAUCCAGGGCCGCAGGGUGCGAGUGUACCAGCCGGAGUUUGAGGAGCCCUGGGCGCUCGGCCUGGUCUCGCAGCACGACCCUGUCUCCCACAUCAUGGAGAUCACCAUGGACCAGGGCAAGGCGACGCAGGUGGUGGACCCCCGCGUGAUCCAUGUGAUGCUGGCUGAGGAGGUGUCUGAUGAGAGCCAGGCGGGCAUCACGGGUCGUCGUAGGAAGGAGAGUGAUGGGGGGAAGGGGGAGAGCGGGCGCCGGAGGAGGAACGCCUCGGAGAGCGAAGGAGAUAUGACGCUCAAGCGGUUCAAGGGCGCGGGCGAGGGCGAGGCGGAGGGCCAGAAUGGGGGCGGCCCUGGCGAGGGGGCGGAGGAGGGCAUGGUGAUGUGGGGAGGAGGAGCCAGGCUGAGCAACAACGGUGCCGCCCCAGAGGCGCCCCUCCCGCCAGGACAGGGCUCCCCGAACCCCGCGGCCCCGCAGGGCCAGCCCAGCCUCCGCUUUGCCACCUACACCAAAGAGAACGGGCGCACCCUGGUGGUGCAGGACAGGCCGGUUUCCGGGGACGCCGGCGCCCCCGCGCUGCCCGGGCUCAAACCCCUCUUCUCCAACACCUCCUUCCCCUCUCUGGGGCAGAUGCCAGGCCUUCUCUCGGGCUCCUCCCCCAAGCCCACCCCCGCGUCAGUGCCUGAGAGGGAGAAGGAGAGCGGUCUGGCGGGCUUCCCCGGCAGCGCCGCCCUGGUGUCUCCCACCCCCGUCUCCGCCCCCCCUUCCUCCGCCCUCGUUUCGGAGGGCAACGUCCCCAGCACGGCCCCUGCCGCCCCGCUGAGCUUCAGCCAAACCCCUCCUGGCUGGGGAGGGGCACAGCCUGAGAACGCCAAGACGCCUCUGCUGGCCUCGGCCGGGUACCGGCUGCCCCAGACCAAGCCUCAGAGUGGGCAGGCGUUCGCCGAGAUGCAGGCCCAGACGCCGGCGCAGACCAACGGCGCCACGGGCCCGGACAGCAGGCCAUUCAGCUUCCUCUUCGGCACCAAAGAGGAGCCGGCGCGGGACACGGACCCCUCACAGAACCUGUUCUUCCAGUGCAUGGCCCAGCAGCCCAGCCCAAAUCAGGGCCAGGCGAAGGGCACCAACUAUUUCACGGCGGUGUCAGAGAGCCUGGGCAAGGAGCCGCCCAGCCUCUUCAAACCCUCCGCCCCCUCCGACAGCCUGAAGAAGGGGGUGCUGGCACCGCCGUCCGCGGGCCUGUUUGGGUCCGCUCAGGGGUCCUCCCUGACCCCGCUCAAAGUGCCCGAACCCCAGCUGCCUGGCAAUGGGAUGGUGCUGAACAAGCCUUUUGGGGUGGAUGCGAUGCCCAAACUCUCACCUGCCUUCCCAGCAAGCCUCAGCAGCUGCCCCGCCCUGGGCUCUGGGGCACUGAGGAGUUCCGGUCUGGGCAUGGGGGCGCUGGGGACGGGCGUCAUGGGUGGGGGCGGCAGCGGUAUGGUGGGUGGCUUAGGCCUGCUGACCAAAGCCAAGGCCUCCGAGACGCACGAGAACCUUUUCCUGCAGGCGCCCAAGCGUGAGGAACCAACGAACCCCUUCCUGGCCUUCGCCGAGAAGCUGUCUCAUAGCCCCUUCAGCGGCCUUCCUGCCGCCCAGACCACUGCCUCCUCCACCUCCUCGGCCUCCUCCACCCCUGUGGCCUCUAGUUCAGCUGUCACGGCACCCCGUGAGACGGGCGCUCUGGUGGCCCCGGCCGAGAGCCAGCCCAACCUGUUCACCAUGUCGGAGCAGCCCAAGGGGCUCCUCUCUUCCCCCUUCACCGCCCUCUCCUCGGGCUCCAGCUCGCCCAUGCUGGCCCAUGCCCCCGCCUCCACUUUCCCCCAGAAGGGGCAGCCGGGGCCGGCUGAGGCGCCGCAGACCCCCCAGCAGAGCGAGGAGGGCCCGGGGGCUGGUGCGGGACCGGAGGGCAGCGUGGAGGGGGGCGCGGUGGAGCAGCAGGCAGGCCCUGCCCCCGGCCUCUCCCUGUUCGGCGACGCCGCCCCGCCUCAGUUUGAGCAGCCAUCGCAGAAGUUCUCCCUGGAGGAGCGCGGCCUCCCCUCCAAGCGCGACACGGACUCCAGCUCCAACAGCGACCUGUCGGACCUGAGCGAGACCGAGGAGACGCUCGAGAGCGGCCGGGACCCGGGCCCUCAGGGCUCCGCCGGCGAGGACAAGAGCAAGAGCAAGGCGGUGGGAAAGAGCCGGCCGCGCAACAAGCCCUUCAAAGUGGGGCAGUCGGUGCUGAAGGACCAGUCGAAGGUGCGGCGGUUGAAGCAGUCGGGCGAGUCCUUCCUGCAGGACGGCUCCUGCAUCAACGUGGCUCCUCACCUGCACAAGUGCCGCGAGUGCCGGCUGGAGCGCUACCGCAAGUUCCGCGAGCAGGAGCCCGAGGACGACGACCCCAACGUGGCCUGCCGCUUCUUCCACUUCCGCAGGCUGGCGUUCACGCGGAAGGGGGUCCUUCGGGUGGAGGGCUUCCUGAGCCCCCAGCAGAGUGACCCCAUGGCCAUGGGGCUGUGGCUGCCCUCCCCCACCGUGCAGGAGGGCCUGGACCUGGACACCUCCAAGUACAUCCUGGCCAACGUGGGCGACCAGUUCUGCCAGCUCGUCAUGUCCGAGAAGGAGGCCAUGAUGAUGGUGGAGCCGCACCAGAAAGUGGCGUGGAAGCGGGCGGUGCGGGGCAUCAGGGAGAUGUGUGACGUGUGCGAGACCACGCUCUUCAACAUCCACUGGGUGUGUCGCAAGUGCGGCUUCGGCGUCUGCCUGGACUGCUACCGGCUGCGCAAGAGCCGCCCGCAGGAGGAGCCAGACGAGGGGCUUGAUGAUGAGGUCUUCUCCUGGCUGAAGUGUGCGAAGGGCCAGCCCCACGAGCCCCAGAACCUCAUGCCCACGCAGAUUAUCCCCGGCACAGCUCUCUACAACAUCGGAGACAUGGUGCACGCCGCCCGGGGCAAAUGGGGCAUCAAAGCCAACUGCCCCUGCACCAGCCGACACAACAAACCCCUGGUACGGCCCAGCGCCCCGAACGGCCUCUCGCAGUCGGGUGUGAACUCCAGCAGUGCCACGGCCACGCCCAGGGCGGAUGGGGAGGCGACAAAGUCUGUGACGACGAAAACGGAGCCGACUGCAGAGGGUGGUGGGGAGACCACAGGGGGCGCCAGUGAGUCCAGCAGCACCAGUGCCUCCUCUGCUGCCAAGGAGCCCCGCCCCUCUGGGGCUGACUCCGCCUCCUCCUCGGCCCUGCACUGGCUGGCCGACCUCGCCACGCAGAAGGCCAAAGAGGAGACUAAAGAGCCUGGCUCCCUGCGGUCAGUGAUGGGUCGGGACACCCGGUCGCCCUUCGGCCUGGACUCCUUCAGCUCCCUGUCCAAGCCGUCGUCCUCCUCCAGCCCUAAGCUCUUCAACAGCCUGCUCCUGGGCUCCGGCUCGUCCCAGCCCAAAGCCGAGGGCUCCAGCCUGCGGGACCUGCUCAACUCCGGGCCCGGGAAGCUGCCCCAGGGCGCCACCGACAGCGGGGUGCCCUUCCCCUCCGUGUUCUCCACGUCCUCUGCGAGUGACAAGUCGAAGGGCGGCUUACCCAACUUCCUGGACCACAUCAUCGCGUCCGUGGUGGAGACGAAGAAGGCGGAGUCUCGGCGGGGCGGGCCCGAGGGGGCGGAGCCGGGGUCGGUGGGCCGGCGGGACGGCAUGAUGGGGCUGAGUGUGCUGGACCCCCACACCUCCCACUCCUGGCUGUGUGACGGCCGGCUGCUCUGCCUGCAGGACCCCAGCAACAGCAACAACUGGAAGAUCUUCCGCGAGUGCUGGAAGCAGGGCCAGCCCGUGCUGGUGUCGGGCAUUCACAAGAGGCUGAAUUCCAGUCUGUGGCGACCAGAGGCCUUCAGCCUGGAGUUCGGCGACCAGGACGUGGAUUUGGUGAACUGCAGGAACUGCGCCAUCAUCUCUGAUGUCAAGGUCCGGGACUUCUGGGACGGCUUCCAGGUCAUCUCCAAGCGGCUUCAAGGUGCGGAUGGUCAGCCAAUGGUGCUGAAGCUGAAGGACUGGCCGCCAGGGGAGGACUUCAGGGACAUGAUGCCCACACGGUUUGAUGACCUUAUGGAAAACCUCCCCCUCCCAGAAUACACCAAGAGGGACGGCCGGCUGAACCUGGCCUCCCGCCUGCCCAACUUCUUCGUGCGGCCAGACCUCGGGCCCAAGAUGUACAACGCUUACGGGCUGAUCUCCACGGAGGACAGGAAGGUGGGCACGACCAACCUGCACCUGGACGUGUCGGACGCCGUCAACGUCAUGGUGUACGUGGGCAUCCCGGAGGGAGAGGGCAACUUCGAGCAGGAAGCAGCUACCUCUGGAUUUACAGAGGUCAUGACCACGAUAGAGGAGGGAGACGUGGACGAGAUGACGAAGCGGCGGGUGUACGAGGCGAAGGAGAAGCCCGGCGCGCUCUGGCACAUCUACGCCGCCAAGGACGCCGAGAAGAUCCGCGAGCUGCUGCGCAAGGUGGGAGAGGAGCAGGGCCAGGAGAAUCCGCCCGAUCACGACCCCAUCCACGACCAGAGCUGGUACCUGGACCAGGUGCUUCGUCGCAGGCUGCUGGAGGAGUACGGGGUGCAGGGCUGGGCUAUCGUGCAGUUCCUGGGGGACGCUGUCUUCAUCCCCGCCGGGGCGCCACACCAGGUUCACAAUCUGUACAGCUGCAUCAAGGUGGCUGAGGACUUUGUCUCCCCUGAGCAUGUGAAACACUGCUUUAGACUAACCCAGGAGUUCAGACACCUGUCCAACACACACUCCAACCAUGAGGACAAGCUGCAGGUGAAGAACAUCAUAUACCAUGCGGUGAAGGACGCAGUCGGAACACUGAAGGCCCAUGAGUCCAAGCUGGCUCGCUCUUAGCUCCUGCACGCUCCCUGCUGCUUCCAGAGAGACGCCCCGCAGGAAGUGGGGGGUGGGGGGGCACCGCUCCCUCCGGAGGGGGGGAAAGGGGGUGGGCCGUAGGCCGUGGAAGGACAGACACACGCUCACUGAUACUCCUCUUAGCCACUUGUUUAGGAUGAAGGAAGCACUUCAUCAGUGUUACAAAUCGCUCAAACACGUUUGUUUUUAAUCCUUUUUGACUAUUUUUGCUUUAUAUUUAUAGUCGACGUGUUCGUGUUUUUUUUUUUUUUUUCCCCCCGAUGUGGAAGGUAUCAGGUUGAGUAAUAAGCUGGUGACGUGCCUUCUGAGUUGGGACUCACCUAUUGUGUGGCCUCUGACAAUGUCAGCCUCUGUCUUUUUUUUUUUUUUGGGUCAUCAAACCCCCACCCCCACCCCAUUGCAAAAGAAGGCUACUUCACUUUGGUUUAAGAUUGUUUUUGAGUACCAACAGAGAAUUUUAAAACCCAUUCCCACCGCCCCUCCUUGGUGGAACUGAAUUUGAAGCAGUUAAGGGAAAUAGACCAAAGUUUUAUAUUUUCUGUUGUGUAAAUUUUAAUUAAGGUGACUUCCACACUUUUUAGUACACAGGGGAAGUAAAUGGAUUGGAAAAGAAACCUGCGGGAGGGACAUGCUUUGAGAGGUUUAUUAAGGUUUUUUUUUUUUGUUUGUUUGUUUUUUAAAUCUUUUGUUGUCACCCUUCUUUGUCCAAGGUUCACAGCAUUGUACAUUUUACAAGAAUUACGAUUCCUACAG